AUGCGGAAGUGGAACUCUUCUUCCUCCCAGAUGAAGCCCCACAAUCGGUCACGAGCAGGGAAUAUAGACGGAUCGAGUGCAGGCACAACUGGCGCACAAGGGUGCCAACUAGCAGCACUGGGUUUCUUCGUAGUGUUGCUGUACGUGAUGAACCUUGCAGGACCGGGAAUGACGCACGUGAUCACCACCGUUUGGCCCGUGCUCGGAAGCCUUAGAGCCAUGGACAGACAAUCCGUGGACCUCCAGCAGAAAUGGCUAGGAUAUUGGAUGCUGUAUGCCUUUGUCAACAGCUUUGAAUGGAUCUUUGCAAGACUUCAGAAGUCGAUAACACGGAUUUAUCUCUUGAAGUUACUGCUGCUGGCGGUGUGCGCCCUUCCGUACCCGAUGUGCCCUGCUCGGCUGGUUUACACCCGCUAUUUGCGCCGCCGGAUAUGGUUGGAUGGUGCCGGCGUUCCACCAGCGAGCUCCCCCGCCAUGACUUCCACUGCGGUGGACCAUUUGUCCACGUCUCGAACCUCGGAUGGCCACGAGUCGCCCUCUAGGAAGAAGCAGCCGCAGCACCCACCUAAGAAGCCCGUGCCCGCCGCCAAGAAGGGAAAGUAAAUGGCUGCCUCUUAGUAGGUGCUCGGCUCAACAUCAAGCUGCGCUCAAUGGCCAUGCACGUGGAAAUUUUGCUAGUUGUUGUCCAACAGCAAAAUACAAAUGCACAUUUGAAAUAAAGACCUCGUUUUCAG